CGGUUUGUCCUCCGUCCACGUGAGAUCAGUCGUAAUUCAGGGUAGUUGUUUCCAUUGUCAAAAAGAGUUUUGUUGCGUGCAUCAUAGUCCGCGCGCGUGGCCGAUAGAGGAAGAAAAGAUUUUUUUUAUGCCUUCCACGCCGGGCACCACCACUUUAUCAUGAUUAAAUUAUUCUCGUUAAAACAGGCGAAAAAGGACGGCGAGUCGCCGAAACCUGGCACCCAAAAGAAGGCAUCCGCGGCACAACUCAGAAUUACAAAAGAUAUAAAUGAGCUAAAUUUACCAAAAACAUGUGGAACAGAGUUUCCUGAUCCAGAUGAUCUUCUGAGUUUUAAAUUAAUUAUUUGUCCAGAUGAGGGAUUCUAUAGGGGUGGUAGAUUUGUUUUCAGUUUUAAAGUUGGACCAAAUUAUCCACAUGAACCACCAAAAGUAAAGUGUGAGACACAAGUUUAUCAUCCUAAUAUUGACUUAGACGGCAAUGUGUGUCUGAAUAUCUUAAGAGAAGAUUGGAAACCAGUCCUUACAAUUAACUCUAUUGUCUAUGGGCUACAAUAUCUAUUCUUGGAGCCUAAUCCAGAAGAUCCGUUAAAUAAAGAUGCUGCAGAGGUUCUGCAAAGCAAUAGGAGAGCAUUUGAGCAAAAUGUAGCAAAAGCGAUGAGAGGUGGCAAUGUUGGCUCGUGCUAUUUCGAACGGUGUCUCAAGUGAAAUAGCGCUCGUUUCCUUCGGGGACACACUGAGGAAAGAGAUCGAGAGUAGAACAUCUCCCUACUCUGAACGCGUUCCUCUCGUCUAUCACAUUCAUUUGUCGAUGGACCUUUGUGCGUCUUCUUGAUCUCGAGUGCUUCGUACCCUUGGUCGAUGAACCAUCGGUAGAAAAAAAAGGCAAAAAUAAAAUGCGACAACAAUACGUCGUUCUCGGAGUUGUGGGAUACCUUUUUUCUUUUUCUCGUUCUCUCUUUCACUCAGUAUUCUGCGGAGGAUCGAAGUUGUCUACACGCUUGCAAGUUUCUUACUAGGUCGAUAAUGCAUUAGUAAAUACAAUUAAAAUGGAACGUACUACCAAAUAGAGAUUGUUAGAAAGAUUUCUUAGAAAAAAUGCAUCUGUGAUUACAAAUAUUACCACUACUCUUUAUUGUAAAUGUAUUUUUGGCCACGAUCGUCCUCCUCUUGCGAGUGUAUCUGCGAUGAUUCAAGUUCAUUGUAAAUUUAUAUUUAAUUAGAAUUGCGGUACCUGUGCCAUCGGAAACACCAGCAAUCAUCACAACUGGUCAAGGAGUUCUGAUCAAAAUUAUUGCAGCUUCUCGCGAGGAGUCACUGUUGAUUACGAUCGUCGUCAAAAGAUGGAUAAUAAGAAUUAACAAAAGAACAUGUAUAUAGAUGUGCAACGUAUGUAUGAGAUUUGCAAACGCAUAUGCAAUAGCGAUCAUCGCAGCUUCUUUCACGAACGUAUCUCCGCCCUGAGAAUCACAGUUCGCAGGAUAUACAUUAUUUUCCAUGAAUGGAUAUAUCCUGCUACGCUCUUUAUCGGAAACACGUAAUUUAAUUUAUGUAUCGAUCGAAAGUGGAAUAUA